AUGGAGGAAGGGAAGCGCAUCAAGAGCCGCUCACGGGAACCGACAGAUAGGGAGAGAUUUUGCAGACAAGUUCAGGGAGAUGACGGGAUGACGACGAGCGGACAAGCAGAUGCAGGAUGGAGUGUCUCAAGUCAGAGCAUGACCAGAUCCAUUUGCUGCCGCCAAGCCGCUAGGGUGUUGGAAAGGCUGGAGGAUCCCAUCCUCUUUCUCCGAGUCAGUUCUUUCGUGCGUGUCGGGGGGGAGGGGGGUGUUGUUGCGUUCCCAUCACUUGCCCCGAGGUUUCCGGUUAUCAGUCAGGCUCAUUCCUUGAUUGGUGGGCUUCUAAAGGGGCCCCGUUGGAAGCAGUGGACUGGCAAUCAAAAUCAGUGGAGAUUGCACCAGUUGGACGCGAUGGAUGGGAACUGGGAAGGGCUUCUUUUCCCUUUUCAGCCCUGUCGGGCCAGAAAUAGGAAAGUCACGGAAAAUGACAGCCGCGAUUACCAUACCGUCUCGAACACCCCCCAUACCGUCUCAUACGGUAUUGUUCCCGUCGGUUCAGCUUCAGGUUCUGUCUCUGAUGCUGAUCCGAAUUCCACUCAUCUCAGCCUCUCCCCUUCUCUCCUCUCUCUGUGUCUCUUGUCCUUUUCUCUCUCUUUCCUUCUUCCUCUUCCGUUCCACUGCCCACCGCUCUCACAGGGCCUCGCCAUCUCUUCCCUGCUCUGCGACAUUCCUCCCCCCCUUAACCCACGUCAUCUUCUCCGUCACCGUCGGACUGGAGCCAUGAUCGUCGGGGUUUAA